GUGGUCGGUGCGUGUUUAUUUUUCUUCCCGGGUGCGUUGUGAGGGGCGGGGAUUGCUCUCACUAUCGGGGCGGGAGGAGGCAACGUUAGCUUCGGGAGUAGUCAUGUAGGACCACGAGUGGUACAGAGGAUGAGGAGGCCACGACAUCGAUAGAAGCUACGAGUUCAUCACAUGCUUUCCCAGUGCCGGUUCAGUGCCACUUUGGCGGCGGCGAUGUUUGCGGAAAGGCGGGAGGAGCUCAAGGAGGAAGAGGAGGAGGAAGACUAGACUGUCUGGCGGACAGGUGCGCCUCCGCCUCCUCCUCCACCACAGAAGAGAGAGUGUUCCUCCUGUCAGGUGCAGGCAGCAGCAGCAGCAACAGCAGCCAUGGAUUCCCACAAGAAGACGCGCAAACCCACGAAAGCCAAAACGACUAACCGGAAAGAGAAGAAGCACCGGAGCGGCAUGUUCACCCGGCGAAGGUCUCUUCGUUCUCUCAGUCAAUUCAUGGGCAGGAUUCUGAAAACUUUGAGCACUUUGGCGCACUUCGGCGAGGGACGGCCGCCGGAGCCCGGGGAGGAAGACGAUGACGGCGGCUUCGGUCGAAGCGACACCGGCGGCUUUAAAGACGAAGACGCUGCGGGUGUUUCGAAAGAGGGUGCCGUGAAGAAGAGCUCCACGCUGUCGUCCCACGGCUCGGUCAAGGAACGACUGUCAUGGUGCUACGGCGAUAAGACCCCCGGCGCUCUGGGGCUCAAAAACCACGGAAACACCUGUUUCAUGAACGCCGUGGUGCAGUGCCUCAGCAACACCGAUCUGCUGGCCGAGUACCUAGGGCUGGAGAAGUAUAAAACGGACGCUUUGGCCCGGCGGGUGAACGGCGAGGCCGCCAGGGGGGAGGUGACCGAGCAGCUGGCGUCGCUUGUUCGAGCCCUGUGGACGCUGGAGUACACGCCGCAGCUCUCUGUGGACUUCAAGAGCAUUGUAGCCAAAUAUGGCUCUCAGUUUCGGGGCAACUCGCAACACGACGCCCUGGAGUUUCUCCUCUGGCUUUUGGACAGAGUUCACGAAGAUGCUAAAAACCCAAACAACAACAACAGUAGCAGCAGCAGCAGUAGCAAAAACACCAAAGCCACCAAGGGGCCCAGCUCACUGGAGGACCUGACCAGCAUGCAGCAGCCCAGAGGGCGCCACAGUUUUGUCCAGGAACACUUCCAGGCCCAGUACAGGUCAUCUCUGACUUGCCCUCAUUGCCUUAAGCAGAGCAACACCUUUGACCCCUUUUUAUGCAUCUCCCUGCCCAUCCCUCUGCGACAAACCAGGCCAAUGUGUGUGACGUUGGUAUUCAGUACAAAGACUCAGCGGUAUCUUCGAGUGGGUCUUGCUGUGCCACUCUUCGGUUCAUUGUCCACCUUGAGAGCCAUGGUAGCAGAGGAAGGGGGCAUCUCUGCAGACCAGGUCAUCCUGGCCGAGUUGUACUCGACAGGAUUCCAGCGGUCCUUCUCAGAUGACGACGACCUGACAGCCAUCGCUGAUAGUGAUGUCAUCUACGCCUUUCAAGCGCCGCCUUUGCAUGGUCGUGGAGGCUCCACGCCGCACUCAGGGUAUCACCACAGCCUCCCCAAUUCCCCGUACAGCUCUUCGGCUGCGAGGUUGCCAUCAUCCGGCACGUUAUCCACCGAAUACCUGAACCAGGGCGGCUCCUCCAAGGUUCUGCUUCUCAUCUGCAACACGUCCGGAUGUGCUCAGCAGGCAGUCAGGUUCGGUCCGCCAUUUCUCAUGUUGGAAGACAGGACCAUCUCUUGGGAGCAGCUACAGCAGAGGAUCCUCACCAAGCUCUAUUAUCUGAUGCUGAACAGAUCUCAGGCUCAGAACACCAGGGCGCUGUUUAAGAUCAGAGUGGUUGGAGGCUCGGCAUCUUAUAGCUAUCUUUCACCACAGGACAGCAGACCGCUGCACCACCCUGCUGUUGAGAGAGCACUGAAAUGUUGUGGCCCCGGGGGACCUCCACAUGUGAAGGUUGUCAUCGAGUGGGAUUACAAGCUUAAAGACUGUCUGUUUGGCAACAUCCAGGAGGAAGUUGUUCAAGAUGCCGAAAGCGUGCGGAACCAGCAGCAGCAGCACCUUCAGCAACAUAGCUGCACUCUGGAUCAGUGUUUCCAGCUGUAUACCAAAGAAGAGCAGCUGGCCCCAGAUGACGCCUGGAAGUGCCCCCAUUGCAAGCAACUGCAGCAAGGCAUGGUCAAGAUGAGCUUGUGGACGCUGCCUGACAUCCUCAUCCUUCACCUCAAGCGCUUCCGACAGGUAGGCGAGCGCAGGAACAAGCUUUCAUCACUGGUGCAUUUCCCGCUAACUGCCUUGGACAUGGCCCCCCAUGUUGUUAAGAGAAGCCAGAGUAUGCGUAACCUGAAUAGUGGGCCGUGGCCCGCGGCCUGGCCAAAACCCGCAGGCCAACACCACUCGCCUGCAGACAUGACCCUGCCACAUGAGUACCUGUAUGAUCUCUAUGCCGUGUGCAAUCACCAUGGAGGAAUGCACGGGGGACACUACACUGCCUAUUGCCGGAACUCAGUGGACGGUGUGUGGUACAGCUACGAUGACAGCAGUGUGGACCUGGUCCCUGAGGAGGAAAUCUGCACCAGAGGGGCCUAUAUUCUCUUCUACCAAAGACGCAACAUCAUUCCUCCGUGGUCAGCCAGCAGCUCCUUCAGAGGCUCGACAAGUUCUUCAGUAUCAGACCACUGGUUGAUGCGCCUGACAGGAGAGAGCAAAAGAGGCAGCGUGGUGUCGCGCACCUCGACCACAUGCCCGUCUUCCGUUCCCGACCCCCCCGACUCUCCCGUAUUCUUGGAAAAUAAAGGGAAAGGAGGAGGCUUCGAGAGUAGACCUUUUGUGAGGGGACUGCAAGGGCGUAGUGUCAGCAUGAGGGCACCCAACAAGACCAAGGACACCCUCAACAAGGUGCUACCCCUGCGUUGGUCGCUUGGUUCUAGAGACAGACGAAAACCCGAACCGACACCUCCGGACCUUCAAGAUCCUGCAGAGCUGGUCCAAUAUCUGGAGUCGGGCCGACGUCCUCGCUGCACCAAGGAUCCGAUAGAGUCGUUAAUGAACGAACCUCGAAGCGCUAAGGAAACGAACGGAGGCCGGCCUGUAAGAUCCUCCAGUGCCGGGAGGAUCAGUUGCUUGGCUAAAGCGGGAGACGAAUCCAAACAAGUGCCAGAGGGCCAGAGGCGGCCAUCGGAUCAAACGUCCACCCUAAGACGCCAGAAAGAGAGCCCGCCAAGUGAGGAAGGCAAUAGUAACACUCUAAGCAGGAGAAGAGACUCUCAGAGGCAGAGCUCCUCCAAAAGCCAGCAGGAGAUGAAACAAGCAUCCAGUUCGAGUGUUCAAAGCGGCUCGAGCAUUCUCGCCGGCACUCUCAGAAGACAGAAAGACGAGCGGACUGACGGGGAAUGUCGUGUCGCAAAUGAGGGAGGUCUCAAGCCCAAGAGCCACGAGGGACUGAUGUCUAUCCUUAAAGGCAACUUCCUGAAGAGGGAAAAGGACUCCCGGAGAUUGAAGGACGGCACGGACGAGGAUGGCGGAAGAAGGACUCUGUCCAGGCCGUCGUUGUCGAACGGAGCGGCCGGAGGUGAGCAGAGGAAGUCUCACGGUAAAGAACUCUCAAACGGGAGAGCGGGGCGGAGCUCGUUGGACAUCAAGCGCUCGCAGAGCUCGUCCAGCCUUCCCGCCAGGCCGGAUCAGAGCGCGCGUAGGACGGCGUCGCUGCAUCGCAACGGCACGUCCACGCCCUCGGCGGAGAUCCGCAGGCCGACCACGGAAAAGACGUCUUACGGGAGCCUGCCGAGGCCGCGCUACAGCACCUCGUCUCUGGGACGCAAAAAGAACGUUCCAGAGUCCAGCUUCUGACGAGGACGCCGCGAAGGGAUCGCCUGCCCGUCAAGUCAAAGCAAUAGAGCACAACUGAAGCCCUAAUGAAGCUUCAACGCUUGGAUGCAAAGAGCCAAAUGACAUUUUGUGUCCUCUCGGGACUACAGAGACUUCAAACAAGUGCCUGAGCAACUUCUAUGCAGUUUAGACAAUGUGUUGGUUUGGUCUUUAACCUUUUUGAGCACUGGAAGCACACGACACUGAUGACAGAUACACACCUACCUAGCACAUUUUUGUCUUAUUAUUCAGGUUUUUUUUUUUCAGUCCACUUCAUCCUUAAUCUUUACAAGUGUAGUUUGCUAACAAUCACGACGCACUGAUUGUGUUCAAUGAAAGGGAAUGUAAAAUGGCUUUAAUGCUGCUAAUUCAUCUCAACUAUUUCACUUGUCCAUUUCUCAAAAGCUUUCAUUCUCAAGUCGGUACACAUUCCAUUCCCGACCAAAUUAGAGUUGACGAACAUGUGGGCUUUUUCCGUAAUUGUGUGUUUGUGUCUUCAAGGGCAACAGUAUUUUUCCUCAACCCUAACCCUCAGCUUUUUUUGUAUACUUCUAAACAGUAUAAGUCCUUCUUUGUCGAAUCGGACCUAACUUUAUAAAUUGGAAUCUCCAAUGACGACCAUGAAUCCAUUCCGGGAAAACUAGUUCUGAUUUGAAAACCAUUUCUCCCGUCGGAUAUGAUGACAAUAGAAAUUGUUCCGGACGAAAAAGUGUCCGCCAAUCGUAAAACUUGAUUGUUAAAGCAACGGUUGUCCAGGAAAUGUUUCAAGAGGAGACAUAUGCAAUAUUGCACUAUUUUAAAAAGAAGUUCCAAGUUGUUUUAUUUCUUGACUCGUUGAAAUUUGACCAGUUGAGAGGGACGGAGUGAGCGGCUUCAUGCAGCGCCACUGGUGAGUCUGGCUUUUCUUACAAUGAGGAUGACUUUCUGACCAUCGAGGGUUGGACUGGCGAUAGCAGAACCCUAAUUUUGGGGCGUAGGAGGAUCCGGAUGCGUGUGAAACGACCACCCAUGAAGACAAUCAAAUAGUUUCAUACACUGUGUGGUUGUGACGCAUGGCUACACGGCGACACCUUUCCAGAAAGAGGCAGAUAACGCAAGAUUUAGUUGCUUAAUUUCAAUCUGAGCAGGUAGUCAAGUGCCCAAACAUGAAAGAGUCCAUUUUCCAAAUAUGAACAGCCAACAAAGUAACCACUAAUUUAAACUGUGAAAACAAUUUACCGCAACUUUUCACAUGCAGCAGCUAGCCGAUGACAGCUGGCGCACGCAGCUAAUGUUAACUGUGAACAACAAAUAAUACCCCCACAUUUGAAGUCUCUCAUUGUUUCCUUUUUCUUGCUGCCAUCAUUCAAGACUUAAAGUGGUUGUUUGGUUCCAUUGGAAGCAGAUUGGUGUCGUUAGCAUUCGUCUCUCAAAGUAGCAACUAUGUUUUCAUUGACUUGACUUGACAUUGUGAGAAAAGCAUUCGUUGUCACACGCUAGUCGAAAUGUAAAGCACCCAAAAGUAACUAAUGACCGGCCGCAUAGACUGAAUGCCAAUUGUUUUUGCUUUCCCCCUUUGAACCGCUCGUUAGGCUGUCUAACUCGGUCGGAGAGCAUAUCAAAGCUUGACUCACUCAUGCCCUAUUUUAGCUCACCUUCAAAGAACAACAACACACCAGAAGCAGCAGCACAAUGUUCAUUGAAACAUGGCAACAACAAAAAAAAUGUUUUUUAUUACACUGGUCAACAUUUUUUUAAAAAUCAGAGAUUCAAGUUAACUUUUCUAAGUGAAUGUUUUGCGCUAAUUCCGAAUCUGCCUUUGUUUUUUUUUUCUAACAGUUUGCUAUCCAUCCAUCCAUUAUCCGAACCCCUUCCUAACAAUUAUCAUAUGAUUUAAAUGCACUGUAGUGUAGUAAAAAAUAUGUUUUAGUGUUUAUGAAUUUGGGGUUUGGUUCAGCAACUGAUUUUUUUUUCUGCAACGUCACAGCUAUAAAUAACAUGGUAAAAUCCGUGCUGCGCAAGCUUUUGUAGGUCCAACUUAAUCACAACAUUCAUAUCUUCAAAAAAAUUAUCUGCCAGAAGAAGUGAAGACAUUUUCGAAAUCAGCACUGAAAAUAUGUUUAGGGACAUAUAAAGCCAGCUCUGAUUAAAAUGUUCUCCUGCCUAUUAUUUACAUUCAAUUAUAUUCUGUUUUUAUACAUUUACAAUAUUAUAUAGCACUAAUGUAUUUUAGCUUGCCAUUUUUCUAAAACACUUUACAUACAUUUUUGUUGGGAUGUGUUGGACGGCUAAAACUGAUUAAUAGCAUUUCAAUUGAAAAUGAUUUGAGAUAUCCUGGGUUCGAUUCCAGCUCCGGCCUUGUGUGGAGUUUGCAUGUUCUCCCUGUGCCUGUGUGGAUUUUCUCUGGGUUGCCCCUCCUCCCCCUCCCCCCCCACACACACACAAAAUUAUAUUAUAUAAAAUUAAUCCCUCUGCUGCAAAUCUGCUGGUGUUAAUGUGAACACCAAGGGUGUUCAAUUUAACACUGGUCAAGUGUUGAUAUGCAUUCACAAUACCUGGUGUUGAAGUAACACUUUCUAAAAUGUUAAAUGUUCAACAUCUAAUGGUGUGUUACAGCAACAAAAUGUACUGUUGACAGUGCAGUUAAUGACACUUCGGAAUGAUAAUGCAAACGCAAGAUGGGCGUGGUGGGCGGGGGGCACUCGCUACCUUCAAUAUAAUACCGAUUUAUUUUUAUUUUUUUUAUUCCUUUUGUGAACUCCAUUUCAGACACAGCAUUGUCAUGAAGAUGUUAAUUUCUCUGAAAGUAAGGGAUUCAUUUGCAGUACACACACAUACUAACAUUCCGUUCUGGAAUUCACUUUCAUCCUUUUUCACCCAGGGGCUAGCGGCAACACUAGCCAUUAUAUAUUUGACAACAACCCAACACCUGGUCCAGGUUGUGUAGAAUCUCUGUGCACGAAUGGCCAAAUGAGAAAACCCAAUGGGUUUGUGCAACUCACUACUCACUUGUUGGUGAGGCCUCGCCUUCCAGAAUGGAAUGAUGCUCAUUCGACUGAAUCGAGUCAGAUGGGCGACCCGCCGCGGCACACACAGCUCGGCCAGUUUGAGUGCAGUGUCAGUGUUACGUCUUCGACGACACAGGCAAAUUGAUGACUGAAUGCAACACUGACAUUCUGUUUUGUACACUGUGACCGAAUUCAAACCACUGACCAAUUUGUAAUGUGUUGCCCACUAUACUGUAUUCAAUUUUGUGAAGUUCUCAUUCUUUCCCCUUAAUUCCUCAAAAGUGUCACAAAUUCCAAUGGAAAGUUUACUUUGAAACAACUCUAUGGAUUGAUCAUCUAAACUUCUAUCCCCCAGUUAAACGUUGUCCACUUUACAUUCUUUGAAGCUGAGCACUUGUUUUAUAACACAAGCAUUUAUAAUAUGCAAGAUUUCUACAUUGGAGUCAUACCGAUCUGCAGUCUGUGUGCGGGAGGGAUGGAAUGAAACGCGCGCGUGUGUUUUGAAGUGCGACAUGUCUAGCCUGCUGUUCACAUCUUUUAGAAACACUCAGAUAUGUCCUUGAAUGUGUGAGAAUCACAUUGAGUUGUAUAACUUUAUUUUUCCAAGACCAUGAAUAAAAAUGAUACAUAUAU